GCGGGCAGCAGUGUGUUCCAGCCUCGGGGAGGGUCGACAAUAAGCGGCACAGGCGCAGUCUAAUACGGAGCGAGAUAACUAAUCCAGACCAGUGUCGGAUUAUCGUUUUCAUCCACAGAUAUUUCAUCGUGAGAUACCGCGGGACGCCUCCUUCGCUCCAAUCCGGCGCUGUGUUUGAUGUCACCUUGCGUCUCCCUCCACCCCCUUGAUGAUGAUUCGCGAGGAAGAUGCGCCGGUCUGAAAUUUCCGUUGACCUUCGCCUCCGCUCAGCAGCAUCGAAGCAUUGUGAAGCGCUGCUGCCGCCGCCGCCGCCGCCACAGGAGCGCCCCGGCUCCUGCCGCUGCCCCACUUAACCUCCCCUUGUCUCGCUAGGAACACACACAGGUGCUGUGACUGCCUCCUGAAGCCUGCUCAUCUUUGAUUUUCUCUUCAAUCAAUCAAGACCGAGGCAGAUGCCCCUCGCUCUCUCAUCCCGGCUUGUACUAUGGUGGAGUUUCCAUCUCUCAGUCCUUACUGGCCUCUCAUCCGCUUUCUGGUGCCUUUGGCUAUCACCAAUGUUGCCAUCGACCUCGGGGAACAGGCCCUCAACAGGGGCAUAGCCACAGUCAAACAGGAUGCAGUGGAAAUGUUGGCCAGCUAUGGCCUGGCCUACUCCCUGAUGAAAUUCUUCACCGGGCCCAUGAGCGACUUCAAGAAUGUGGGUUUGGUGUUUGUCAACAGCAAGAGGGACCGGAGGAAGGCUGUGUUCUGCAUGGUGACGGCCGGGGUCAUCGCGUUCAUCCUUCACAUCUUGAUAGCUUACACAGAUUUAGGAUAUUACAUCAUUAAUAAGCUCCACCAUGUGGAUGAGUCUGUGGGGCACAAGACAAGAAAGGCCUUCUUAUACCUGGCUGCAUUCCCUUUGUUGGAUGCGAUGGCAUGGAUUCAUGCAGGGAUACUUCUCAAGCACAAAUACAGCGUCAUAGUCGGCUCAGCCUCAAUCUCUGAUGUUGUGGCCCAGAUUGUGUUCGUGGCCAUUCUCCUCCACAGUAACCUAGAAUGUGUGGAGCCUUUACUCAUCCCGAUCCUUUCCCUGUAUAUGGGUGCCUUGGUCCGUUUCAGCAUAGUGGGUCUGGGAUACUACUGUAACAUUCACGACAACAUCCCAGACUCCAGUGGACUUGAUGUGGGCGGCGAUGCCACUAUCAAAAAGAUGCUGAGUUUCUGGUGGCCUCUGGCCCUCAUCCUGGCCACUCAGCGUAUCAGCCGACCCAUCGUCAACCUCUUUGUGUCUCGCGACCUCAAGGGGACCUCUGAUGCCACAGAGGCUGUGGCUGUCCUCACAGCCACAUACCCUGUGGGUCACAUGCCCUACGGUUGGUUAACCGAGCUGAGAGCAGUGUACCCUGCAUUUGACAAGAACAAUCCCAGCAACAAGCUGAAUGCUGGCACCCCCGUCACCAAGUCACAUAUUAAAAAGUUUACAUUCUGCUGUCUGGCUCUAUCACUUACGCUUUGCUUUGUGGUGUUUUGGACUCCUCAUAUAUCAGAGAGGAUCCUGGUUGAUGUCAUUGGAGUGGAGUACGCUUUCGCUGAGCUGUGUGUGGUCCCGCUCCGAAUUUUCUCCUUUUUUCCCCUGCCAGUGACUGUUCGGGCUCAUUUGACUGGAUGGCUCAUGACCCUGAAAAAGACCUUUGUGCUGGCCCCCAGCUCGGUUCUACGCAUCAUUGUCCUCAUCACCAGUCUAGUUGUGCUGCCUUAUAUGGGGGUUCACGGGGCCACACUGGGAGUUGGAUCCCUCCUGGCAGGCUUCAUAGGAGAGUCAACAAUGGUUGCCAUAGCAGCGUGCUAUGUUUAUCGCCAACAGAGAAGCAAUGAGAUGUCCAAUGAGCUGGUGGUGGAGGGCGAGGACUCCGCCCCGAUGAGCGAGGUGUGCUCCCGGACUCAGAUGGACGCCAUCGAGGAGCUCCAGGAGGAGGAGGAGGAACAGGAGUGAACUCUGAUUGCAGGGGAAGGUAAAGCCGACCUCCAUGUGGAACUUUGCUGAAGAGGAGACGGCCGAGUGUUACAGUGCUGGAGAGGAGAGAGGACCCGAGUAUGGUUUUGGUUUCAGAGGUUCUCCCCGACGGACUAAACUUUGAAUAAGAGUGACGAGGUCUCCUUCACGUUGAUCUCACACACCAUUUAAACGCACACUGUAAAGAAAGCCAUGCACCUCCAAGUGUUCAUCCAUCAGUGUAAAUACCGUUACGUCUUCCGAUCUUCAACAUCAGCCGGUGUAUUAACCACUAUCAUGUGUUUACUGGUAAACAAGGGAAAAUGACACAGGAGAACUUUUCCUCCUCAGCAGUGAGAAUGAAACGUCUGUCGAGUGGUAGUGGAGUUGCCAAAAUACAGAGUUCAUUAUUUUAUGUUAUUUUAUCAAGAUUAAGCGGCAAGGCCUUGCUUGACUUCAAAUAUAGACAUGUUGUGGGACUUGUUGGGUUGUGCAAUCGUAUUUUACACACAACGGUGUACAGAUUAUUGUUGUUUUAUAUAGGUAAUGCAAUGUGUAUAUUUAAUUGCCCAGAGGGGUCAGGAAUCCCUCGUUAUAUCAUUGCGUGUGUUACCGAAUACAAAUAUGAUUGUUCACUUUUAAUGCAGUCUGGGAGUCCAUCUACUUUUGUUUUGCCAAGCAUUUUCCUGGUAGUAUUCAGACUGUCGUACGUACUGUAUAUACUGUAUAGGCAUUCUUAUUUGGCAAAUAAAUUGCUUUAUUAUUAACCCUUGUGUUUUGUUGACAUUGGCUGAAGGUGGUUCAUUUUUUCCUUUUUAAAAGGUCCAGUGUGUGGGAUUUAGUGGCAUCUAGUGGUGAGGUUACAGAACUGAAAUUUCUCCCAUAUGCCAACUGUGUAGGAGAACUACAGGGGCCGAUGACAAAACACAAAUAUCGAGAGCCAGUGUUUGGUUUGGCCGUUGUGGGCUAAUGUACAUGGCAGACUCCUUGGAUGAAGACCUGCUCUGUAUUGUCACGGCAAACACAACCCUGCGCACUUAAUACUAUUACUUAAGGUAAACGCUUGACUAGGGCUUCCGGGGCUUGGCUGCCUGUACAUAUAUUAGCAGAGAGUAAGCAUGCGGCUGCCAAGCUAAAAGUAAGGGAUGUGGGCCUACCUGUUGCUUUGCUGUUUUGGCCCUCAUCCAAAAGCUAUCACUCAAUCAGCUCGCUCUCUGUGGUACUACAUUGACAGUUCAUUUGUGGACAUUAAACACACGGAUAACUAGAAACAAAACUUGAGAGGGAAGGGAGGAAACUCAGAAAAUGAUUUGGUACAUCCCAAUACAUAGUAUGUCAAAUGCAGUAUGCCAAAAAUACCAGGAUAUUCUAACACUACUACUACUGCAACAGCAUUCUUUAUGGUACACAAUCCAAAGUCCUAAAUAACAUCCAGAACUCUGCUGUCUGUCUACUCACCCGUUCCCACUCCCACAAUCACAUCACCCCUGUCCUGUCCCUCCUCACUCCUAAAGCCCUCCAUAACCGGCCCUCUCCUACCUCACCGAUCUGCUCCACCGCCACACUCCUUCCCGCAGCCUUCGCUCCUCUGAUGCCAGCCUCCUGACUCCACCACUCAGGACCAAGCACCAGACCUGGGGCGACAGCGUCUUCUCCAUAGCCGCCCCCUCCCCUCUGGAAGACUGCACUGACCUCUCCUGAUUCAGAUCACUCAUCAAAACUUUUCAAAAUGGGUUUUAAUGUGUGAAUGAUGUUGUGAUUGUUUUUAUCUCAUGUAAAGUGUCUUUGAGUACCAUGAAAAGCGCUCUAUAAAUAAAAUGUAUAAUUAUUAUAAACAUUA